CGAGUACCAAGCUGUAACGUCAUCUCGGCAACUACCGAGAACGCACCAGCGAGCGGCCAACCCAAAAGCCAAUGCAUCGCGACACCCCUCAACAUCCUGGGAAGCCAGGUUGGCAUCGGACGCGCCUCAUCUGCGUGCCGCCGGUCUCGUGUUGAUGCACAGACCGGAACCACCUAGCUGCGGAGCUUUGCCGCCGGCUUCUGCCCUUCGCUUUGCCGUCGUGGAUCGGCUUCGCGCCCACCACCCCGAGGCGAGGACGCGAUGGUGUCGGCCCGUCGGCCAGAGACACGGUGGCUGUCGCGCAUCAUUCCGUUCGUUCUUGGUGGCUGUGUUGGCUUUGCGACCUAUGUCGUUGUCAAGCAUAUUUGUGUCGACUACUUCCUUUCCGACCAGGACCGACCGGGCACCGCAGUGCCUUUUCUCGUUCUAUAUUCCAUCUUCCUUUUUUUGAUCCUCUUGACAUUCGCGCGAGUGUACCUCGUUAUCCAGCUCAACCCCGGAGUGACCGAUCUUGGGCCGAGAGCGGCCGAACACAAGGCCAAAGCGCGAGGACGAAGUCGUCGAGGACGGGACAUCGAAGCCGGCUUGAGAUAUGAGGCCCGGCCCGACGACAAUCCCGACAGUCCCGGGCUCGAGCAGUUCUACAGCAAGGAUGUGUUCGUGUGCGAGACGGACGGGCGGCCACGCUGGUGCAGCACCUGCUGCAAUUGGAAACCCGAUAGGGCGCAUCAUUGCAGCGAGAUUGAGCGAUGUGUGAAAAAGAUGGACCACUACUGCCCGUGGGUUGGCGGUAUCGUCGCCGAAACUUCCUUUAAGUUUUUUGUUCAGUUCACGUUCUAUACGUCGCUAUACUGCGCCAUUGUCGUGGCUGCGGCGAUCAUGUGUUUGGAAUCCAAGUUGCGUACCGGGCACAGCACCGACGGGCUGGCCGUUGGCGCCUUGGUACUUGCUGUGCUUUUCGGCCUCUUCACUCUGACUAUGACGCUCACCUCUAUUCGAUACAUCCUGCUCAACUUGACCACGGUAGACUACUUGAAGUCUAAAAACGUGGUGCAUCAGCUUGCCAUUCGCGUCCCUCGCGGUACUCCCCGGGGCCAGAACUACAAUGUUAUCACCUACCCGCUGCCAAUUUCCACGACCUCGCCAGAUCCGUCACGACAGACGGCCACGUACGAGGUGUCUUCGGCUCGGGAUCAGCUCGCCACGCGCACUUUUGCCAUUGUCAGGACGGAAAUGGGCGAGAACCCUUGGGACCUGGGGUAUUACCGGAACUGGAAGUCCGUCAUGGGCGAUAACCUGAUUGAGUGGCUACUUCCCAUCCACGAAUCGCCGUGUGCAACACAUGAGAGCAACGAGAGCUUUUACGAGAUGGGUCCCUUGUAUCAGCGGCUCCGGGCCAGGUUUGGGCUUCCAGACGUGUCGAGCGAGGAGGAGAAAGCGGAAAUGAAAGAGAUGGAGAGUCGGCUGAAGCAUGGGAUACACGGUACGGGGGAUCGGUGACAUCAGGUAGAUGGGAUGCCUUGGGGCCGCUGCAAACGUUCUUUCGCAGCAAGGACGGUGACGCUGGCAGUCAAUACCUUGAUAAGUACUCUGUAUAUAGGUAAUGUCUUAAUGUUGGAAGCCCGGCACGGUUCGAAGAAUAUGACUGCGAUCGCGCUACUCCUUCCAGGAACUGGCGUCCACCAGAUACCGACACGAGCACUCUUUCCAUUCAUCGCAAGAUGUGACGCGAGAGACCGGUAGUCCAGCAACCUUGUCUCGCCAGUCGCGGUUUGCUUGGUUUAGCUUCAAAACCUGGAGGGCCAGCGCAAUCACGGCAGGAGAUCGGCUCGAAACAACGCCUGUAUUUGUCCUUACUGGCAAGGACUGAAAAUCAAUACCCAGUCAAUACACAGUCGUCAACUAUCGAGCUG